GCCCGACGGUGCAAGCUGUCCACGGAUCUGCAGGGGGAUCCGUCCAAGGAUGGGAUGUGGCCAGAGCGGAGCGAAUGUAGUGCAGGAGCCGCAGGUCGUGCACAGGGAUUCGGCAAAGGAGAGCCAGGUGGGGCCGAAUCAGAUAGAUGUCAAGAUUGUUGAGCUGCAGAGAUGCAAGCUUCAGAUUGGCGAACGAUCAGAGGUCGAAUGCCAUGAACCACAGGAAGAUCUGCCAAACUACGAUUCCUGGACUCACCAGUUGGAUUCCACGGACAUGAACGCUUUGAAGAAUGGGCACAGCGUGCCCUUUAACCAGUGGGCGGAUAAUAAGAAUGCGAAGAAGACUGCCAAAUCCUUGGUUGAACUGGUGGAAGAUCCUUCGGCCUUGAAACGCGCCAUCAACAUGCGACGCAUGGAGCUGGAGGAGGUCAUCAGCUACAAGGCAGCCUCGACGCUGAACUCCAUCCCGUGCGACAAGUUGGACAAACGCCUUGAAGGGAUGAAAAAGACAAAGCCCAGGAAGAAAGACAUAACAAUGCUCUGAGACCAGCCAUAGUAGACACACUGAAGAAAAGUCUAGGACUCACAGCGCAUAUUGACAUUUUGCUGCAUGC